CGGGCUUAUUCAUUUCAGAUGGCCAGAGGUAAUAACAGUAAGAGAGUUGGAAGGCACCUUGGAGGUCAUUUAGUCCAACCCCCUGCUAAACGCAGGAGUCCUGUACUAGGGAUUCGAACCGCCGAACUGCCAAGCUUUCUGAUCGACAAGCUGAUUAGCCACUGAGCCACCUAGUGUGUGUCAGCUGGAGCACGUGCCACCUUGCCAAAGAAAUAUUGGAAGAAACUCCGUGGGUUUGGGAGGAGGUGAAGACGAGGAAGACUUUAUAUUCCGUUGAGUAAUUAUUAUGUUUUAUGGGCUCCGUUUCAUUGCAGGUUACAAUGGCAAUGACUGCGGCGACUCCGACGUCUUUUCCUAUGAGCAACCAUACCCGGGAGCGAGUCACGGUGGCCAAGCUUACGCUGGAGAACUUUUAUAGCAACCUCAUCCUGCAGCAUGAAGAAAGAGAAACCAGGCAGAAGAAACUUGAAGUAGCCAUGGAGAAAGAAGGCUUAGCAGACGAAGAGAAAAAGCUUCGGCGAUCUCAACACGCCCGCAAAGAGACUGAAUUUUUAAGGCUGAAGAGGACGAGGCUGGGCCUGGAUGACUUUGAAUCUCUGAAGGUGAUCGGAAGAGGGGCCUUUGGCGAGGUCCGAUUAGUUCAGAAAAAAGAUACGGGUCAUAUUUACGCCAUGAAGAUAUUGAGAAAAGCCGACAUGCUGGAAAAAGAGCAAGUGGCUCAUAUACGAGCAGAAAGGGACAUCCUCGUUGAAGCCGAUGGCGCCUGGGUCGUGAAAAUGUUUUACAGUUUUCAGGACAAACGCAACCUUUACCUGAUUAUGGAGUUUCUUCCAGGAGGUGAUAUGAUGACUUUGCUCAUGAAGAAGGAUACGCUGUCCGAGGAGGAAACACAGUUUUAUAUCUCAGAAACCGUGCUCGCUAUCGACGCCAUUCACCAACUGGGGUUUAUUCACAGAGAUAUCAAACCUGAUAAUCUUCUGCUAGACGCAAAGGGCCAUGUAAAACUCUCUGAUUUUGGGCUAUGCACAGGUUUAAAGAAAGCUCACCGAACUGAAUUCUACCGAAACCUUACGCACAAUCCACCGAGUGACUUCUCCUUCCAGAACAUGAACUCCAAAAGGAAAGCAGAAACGUGGAAGAAGAACAGGCGACAAUUGGCCUAUUCUACUGUCGGGACUCCGGACUACAUCGCACCGGAGGUUUUCAUGCAAACCGGUUACAACAAACUCUGUGAUUGGUGGUCUUUGGGAGUCAUCAUGUACGAAAUGCUAAUAGGAUAUCCCCCUUUUUGUUCGGAAACACCCCAAGAAACGUAUAGAAAAAUUAUGAACUGGAAAGAAACGUUGGUAUUUCCACCGGAAGUGCCCAUUUCCGAAAAAGCAAAGGACCUCAUUUUAAAAUUUUGCACUGAUGCUGAAAACAGAGUCGGCAGCAACGGAAUAGAAGAAAUUAAGAGCCACGCAUUUUUCGAAGGGGUGGAUUGGGCCCACAUCAGAGAAAGGCCAGCGGCGAUCACUAUAGAAAUCAAAAGUAUAGACGACACCUCCAAUUUCGACGAGUUCCCUGAAUCUGAUAUUUUACAACCAGGUGCAUUUUUUUUGCGUUCUGUGCCGAAUACCCCGAUACCCCGAACGGAUUUCAAGUCCACCAAAGAUUGGGUUUUCCUGAAUUACACCUACAAGAGAUUCGAAGGGCUGACUCAAAGGGGCUCCAUCCCUUCGUACAUGAAGGCCGGGAAGUUGUGAGAGACGCAGGGGCCAGGAAGCGUAAGAACUCAGGUACCCCGCCCAUCUCCGCUCGAUCUCCACCCUCUUCCGACGUUCCCGCAGACCGGCGCCCGCGGACUCGGGGCUCCCCCCACCUCCUCCUCCCCCAAAAAUUAAGGAAUUCUACCGGAUUAGAAUUUUCUGAGACUACUACGGACAAUUAGUUGGCAGUGCCAGCUGGCGGCUUCUAUCAAUAGUGAAUUAUUUUUGUUAAACUUUAUUACAACAGAGGUACUGAAAAUUGAAAGAAAAAAAAAAGAGAGUGAGAGGGAGAGAGAAAAAGAAGAAGAAGCAGCAACCGACAUUUCCUCUUUGUAUCUGCACUGCCGAAAUGUACGUUAUAAUGAAUCAAUUCGGGGUCACUUGGUUUAUGGUUGGAACUACGUGUCGGGCCGCUCAGGUGUUCAAAAGGUGGUGUCUGUGUUAAGAGGCAACCUUGUCCUCAAAGAUAAAAGGUAUUUUACCUGGGCAGGUUUUUAAGGUAGAAAGGACAGGUAAUCCUCGACUUACAACGGUUUGUUUCGAAGCUGCGAUGGCGCUGAAAAAAGUGACUUACGGCCAGGAGUGGGAUUCAAAAAUUUUAGCAACCGGUUCUCUGCCUAGUUGCUGGGUGGGCGUGGCCAUAAUGGGCGUGGCCUACCCGGCCUCCUGCAUCAUGGGAAGGGGGCGUAUUCGUCCUCCCCAAGUUCUGGAGGCUUUUCUCGAGCCUCUGGGAGGGCGAAAACAACCUCCCUGGGGCUCCGGAGGACCUCCCACUUCUGGGAGGCCCGUUUUUCGCCCUCCCAGAGCCUCCGCGCACCUGUCAUCCAAAACGGGCCACAUGGAGACUCCUGGGAGGGACGAGGUGGGGUGGACAGGGCCAGCCAAUCCUUGCAACUGCCAGUUUGGUGAACCGGAUGUAAAAUUAGCAUCUGAUUCACCUGAACCGGCUGAAUCCCAUCCCUGCUUACGGCCUUUUUUCCCCACACUUAUGUCCGUUCCAGCCGCCCCGGGAUCAAAAUUCAGCCGUUUGCCAACUGACUCAUAUUUGUGACGGACACAGCGUUCAUGUGAUCCCCUCUUGCGACCUUCCAAACCAGCAAAGUCAACGGGGAAAGCUGGAUUCACUUAACAACCGUGUGACUGGCUUAACGCCUGCGGCGAUUCGCUUAACAACCGUGGCUAGAAAGGUCGCAAAAGGGUUGACAAGUGAACCAAAGUCACAGAAGUUUUGGGCCCCCGUUUGCAGUCGUAAGUCGAGGACUACCUGUAUGAAAAACGCAAAGACCGGGGGGGGGGGGGGAAAGCCACGUGCGAUAACGCGGUUCCUUACGGAGGAAGGACGGUGAACGUUAGAAGCCGGGGUAAAGUUAUUUAAACUAGCUAUUUUUUAAAUAGGGUUUUUUUGCCACGCUCGCUGGCUUUCUCUCUAGCUCAGGGCUCCUUAGUCUUAACACUAAAGAGAAGUGACUCCUUCAGAUUGUAAUUCAUAGUCAAACUGGUUUGGAACUGGAUUCAACCCUAAGGUGCGCCUUUAGCUGUUUUCACGCCACUUUUAUCAAAUAAAAGCGAGUGGCAGCUUUCAUCUCAAAUCGCCGGUAAAACAUGUUAAGGCGGGGAAAAAAAUAAAUUAAUUAAUAAUACAUCCGGCAUCAA